AUGAUGAUGAUGCACUGUGUGAUGUGUGUGUUGGCCGUUGUGCUGUGCUGUGCCUGCGGGUAUACCAUGGCGGCUGCUGCUGCUGUUGAUAAUGACAGUCCCAGUGGCCGUGGUGUAUCCCGUGGGGCUGUGNAUCCCUACAGUCUAACUAAUCUUCCACCUGUUGGGAUUCCUCUUCUUUUUUUUUGUUUCUUAAUGUUAAUCUGUGUUUUGUGUAUGUUUUUGCUCUCUCUGUGUUUAUCCUAUAAUAAUUGUUAUUGCUACUCCAUUGUGUGUGUGUGUGUGUUCUUGGAGACUCUCUCUGUGUGUGUGCAUCUGGGCUUGCACUAUGAUAAUGAUGAUGAUGAACUGCUUUUUGCAGUGAGGGAAAAAGGAAAUAAUAAUAACAGAUGA